AUGACGUCCCGCAAAAGAAAUGAGUGGCUUGAUGCUGGAGAGAGUAAUGACGAAGACGCUGGCUAUGACUCUGAGGCUGUUGAAGCAAGCAAGGGCGGUGCACUUGGCGGUCGAGCGACCAAACGGCGGAAAGUGGAGAGUGACGAGGAGGGCGAUUCGGGAGGGGAGAGUGAGAACGAGGAAAGAGACGAGGAAGAGCAGGCAGGAAACAUUCAGACUCGACCCAUACGAGACAGCCGCUUCGACACCACCAGCUUCGACGAGAACGACGAGGAUGGCGUACCUCACGAUUCGGACGACGAGGGGGAAGAUAUCGAAGACGACCCCACGAUUCCCCAGCCCAGCCAAAGUACCAAGUUAAAACCCCUCACGCCAGCACAGCUCGCAAAAGCCCAAAGAGCCGCAAAGCGCACCGGCGUCAUCUACAUCUCGCGCAUCCCGCCCUUCAUGAAGCCCACCACGCUCCGGCGCCUCCUCUCCCCCCACGGCACCAUAAACCGGCUCUUCCUAACCCCCGAAGACCCCUCCUCGCACAAAUCCCGCAUCCGCUCCGGCGGCAACCGCAAGCGCACCUUCACCGACGGCUGGGUCGAGUUCGCCCGCAAGUCCGACGCGAAGCUGGUGGCCGAGAUGCUGAACACGCGCACCAUUGGCGGCAAGAAGGGCGGGUACUACUACGACGAUGUGUGGAAUAUAAAGUAUUUGAAGGGGUUCAAGUGGCACCAUUUGACGGAGCAGAUCAAGAAUGAGAAUGCGGAACGCGCGGCGCGGUUGAGGACGGAGAUUGCGCGGACGGGGAGGGAGAACAGGCUGUUUUUGCAGGACGUGGAGAGGGCGAAGAUGGUGGAGGGGAUGGAGGCGAAGAGGAGGGAGAGGGAGAGGGGAAAGGGGGAGGGUGGGCCUGAUGAGGCUGCGGGCGAAGCUGCUGCGGUUGAGGAUGCACCCAGGAAACGGGAGGUCAGGAGGCAUUUUAGGCAGAACGAGGUCAAGGCUAAGAAGCCCAAGGCGAAGACCGAGCAGUCGGAGGAGGUAAAGCGGGUGCUGAGCAAGAUCUUUUGA